AUGAAGUUCGCUACGAGGGCGAUUCCCCUUGUCCUCUCUGCUUCCACAGCUCUAGCUGCAGGUACGCUCGAGUUCUCCCUCGGAAGCGAACGACGCUCGCACUUUCCAGACAUCGCCGAACGUGAUGUGAAAGGCACUUCCGAGUCUGCCUUGUCCACCAAUUAUGCCAACUCUGUUGGGAUGAGAUAUCUUGUCAAUCUCACCGUCGGCACACCCCCUCAGCCUCAAACCGUCUUGAUCGAUACCGGAAGCAGCGAUACCAUAUUUGUGGCUGCAGAUGCAUCGUUCUGUUCCGGAAAGUCGAAGAGUCAUUGUCCUGGCGGGACGUACAACACAUCAGCCUCUUCUACGUUCAAGAUGCUCUCUCCUGAUGGGAUCGACGCACAUUAUGGCGUGAAUGCUACCGCUACUUCGGGCGAAGGUGGUAUUGAUGCAGAUCUGGUGACUGAUGUGAUCCAAGUUGGGAAUAUCAUCGUUGGCGGUGCUCAUUUUGGCGUAGCACAUCAGAUGGACGGCAAAUUCCUCGGCAAUGGUGAUUAUGUUGGUCUCCUAGGACUUGCGAACACGCUUCAAGAGGCUGUCAAACCAGGUCAACCAAAAUAUCCCACUUUUGUCGAGUCGCUUGUUGGAGCUGGCGCCAUCGCUUCGCGUGUCUUCAGUCUCUAUCUCAACGAAGUGAGCAGUUAUGGCUCUAUCCUCUUCGGUGGUGUGGACACCGAGAAAUACACGGGUGACCUUAUGACCCUAAACUUCCGCCCUUUGGUGCUCACUACAGGUGAGAGCUUGGUUUCAUAUAGCUUCAUGCGCAUGGAGGAAGUGUCCAUGACACACGAGGACGGCACGCAGACUGCGCUCAUUGUUUCCAGCGGACCGAAGCUGAAUGUCAUCCCUGACUCUGGAACCUCAACCUGGAAUGUUCCGACAGACGUGUACAACACAGUCGUCAACAUGACCGGCGUCACAGUGUCAGGCUCCAACGCAGCCCUGCCCUGCAGCCAGAUCCCAAACAAGACAACCUUCACCUUUACCUUCUCGGGCAACGGAGAGAACAAGGCCAAGCUAGAGGUCCCACUCUCUUCAUUCUUCAUCCCUGCAUCAAGGGCCGACGGCAAAGGAGUCGUGAGAAUGGGUGGACAGGAUAUGUGUCUUUUGAUGGUCGCCCCAUCCAACCCCAGCUCUGGAGUCCUUCUCAUGGGCGACCCCGUCUUGCGUGCUGGCUACUGGGUCUUCGACAUGGACAAUGGACAAAUCUCCAUCGCGCAAGCACGUCUCUCGUCCACCUCCUCCAACAUCGUCGCCGUGGAAGCAGGCCCCCACGGUAUCAUGAACGCAACACGCCAGCCCAGCGGUCUGGCUGCCAACCAGACUGAGCAGGUCGCCAAGACUGCCACUGCUUCGGUGAGCUUUUCGCUGUCGACUGCUGCCAGUGCUGUGGGACAGACAUCUGGUCCUCAAUCUACGGUUUUGAGUGGCGGUGCUGUCGGUUCGAUGCUCGAUGUCACUGCCAUGAUGUCUUUGGCCAGCGCCCUUUUGUUGUCGGUCACCUUUGGCGCUUUUUUUGUUGUGAACAUAGUCUGUUAG